CUUCUUUUUCCUGCAACCCAUCAUUACUUUCUCGGCAACCAAACGGCACUUUUCCCAAAACACUUUGAAGAGAGAGAGCAAACAACGGCGAGUUUCUAAUCUACGAAGUCCAUUGCUCGAAUCAUCUUGGAUUCAGAAGCUGAGAUCAGUGACCGUUGAAGGUAUGGCGGAGAUCGGGAAGAAGACGGUGUUAGAUUCCGGGUGGAUCGCGGCGAGGUCGACGGAGGUCGGUUACUGCGGCGUUGAGCUCACCACCACGAAUCCGCCGUCCAUCGGAGCUGAUUCCCCGUGGAUGGAGGCCGUCGUCCCCGGAACUGUUUUGGCCACAUUGGUGAAGAAUAAAGCUAUCCCGGAUCCGUUUUAUGGUCUCGAAAAUGAAACCAUCACAGAUAUAGCAGAUUCUGGAAGGGAUUAUUACACAUUCUGGUUUUUCACAAAAUUCCAGUGUAAACGGUUGGUAAAUCAGUACGUGCAUCUGAAUUUCCGUGCUAUCAACUACUCUGCUGAAGUAUAUGUAAAUGGCCACAAAACAGUUCUUCCUAAGGGGAUGUUUCGUAGACAUACUCUUGAUGUAACCGACAUUCUGCAUCCUGAAGGUAGCAACUUACUGGCUGUUACCGUUCAUCCCCCGGACCACCCAGGCUCUAUUCCCCCCAGUGGAGGGCAAGGUGGAGAUCAUGAGAUUGGGAAAGAUGUUGCUGCACAGUAUGUGGAAGGCUGGGACUGGAUAUGUCCUAUAAGGGACCGAAAUACUGGCAUAUGGGACGAAGUGUCAAUCUCUGUCACUGGGCCAGGGAAGAUAAUCGAUCCCCAUCUGGUUUCAACCUUCUUUGACGAUUAUGAGAGGGUUUACUUGCAUGUGACUACUGAACUUGAAAACAAAAGCACCUGGGUUACUGAAUGUUCAUUGAAUGUCCAAGUGACUGCUGAACUUGAAGGCGAUAUUUGCUUAGUAGAGCAUCUUCAAACAGAGAAAGUCUCAGUCCCUGCUCAAGGACGUAUCCAGCACACUUUCACCCCUCUCUAUUUCUAUAAACCUGAACUGUGGUGGCCAAAUGGGAUGGGAAAGCAAACUCUUUAUAAUGUCUCAAUCACCAUCGAUGUGAAAGAUAUUGGGGAGUCUGACUCUUGGACCCAACCAUUUGGAUUCCGAAAGAUUGAGAGUGAUAUUGAUAGUGGCACUGGUGGAAGGCUGUUCAAGGUCAAUGGUGAGCCGAUCUUCAUCCGCGGUGGUAAUUGGAUACUAUCUGAUGGGCUUCUACGCCUGUCCAAAGAACGAUACAGAACCGACAUCAAGUUCCAUGCUGACAUGAACAUGAAUAUGAUCCGUUGCUGGGGUGGUGGGCUGGCUGAAAGGCCCGAGUUUUAUCACUUCUGUGAUAUCUAUGGCUUGUUGGUCUGGCAAGAAUUCUGGAUCACUGGAGACGUUGAUGGACGAGGUGUACCGGUUUCAAACCCAAACGGUCCUCUGGACCAUGACUUGUUCCUUCUUUGUGCCCGAGACACUGUGAAACUCCUUAGAAACCAUCCAAGCCUUGCUCUCUGGGUUGGUGGAAAUGAACAAGUGCCACCAAAGGAUAUAAACGCAGCUCUAGAGCAUGAUCUGAGACUUCACCCGCUUUUCAACACCCAAAUGCUGGAGCAUUCAUCAGAAUCAGAUCAAGAUCCUAGCCUUUAUCUUGAUGGCACAAGAGUUUAUAUAAAAGGAUCUCUGUGGGAUGGCUUUGCGGAUGGAAAAGGAAACUUCACUGAUGGCCCGUACGAAAUUCAGUAUCCUGAAAGUUUCUUCAGAGACGAUUUCUAUAAGUUUGGGUUCAAUCCAGAGAUCGGUUCGGUUGGAAUGCCAGUUGCAAAUACAAUUAGAGCAACCAUGCCUCGAGAAGGUUGGGAAAUUCCUCUGUUCAAGAAGCAUUCAGAUGGAUAUGUAGAAGAAGUGCCAAAUCGAAUAUGGGAUUACCACAAAUAUAUUCCCUACUCUAAACCUGGAAAAGUUCACGAUCAGAUUCUGAUGUAUGGCACACCAAACGAUCUAGACGACUUCUGUUUGAAGGCUCAACUGGUGAAUUACAUUCAGUACAGAGCUCUAUACGAGGGCUGGAGUUCGCGAAUGUGGACAAAGUACACUGGUCUGUUGAUUUGGAAGAAUCAAAAUCCAUGGACGGGUCUCAGGGGUCAGUUCUACGAUCAUCUUCUUGACCAAACAGCCGGUUUCUACGGCUGCCGUUGCGCUGCAGAGCCUGUCCACGUCCAGUUGAACUUGGUGUCUUAUUUUGUUGAGGUUGUAAAUACGUCAUCUAAAGAACUAUCAGGAUUGGCCAUUGAGGCAUCGGUAUGGGACUUGGACGGAAACUGCCCAUACAACAAAGUGUUUGAAAAAUUCACUGUACCAGCAAAGAAAGUGGUGCAAAUCUCGGAAUUUAAGUAUCCAAAAUCAGAAAACCGGAAACCUGUCUACUUCCUUCUUCUCCAACUGUACAAUGUCCCAGACAAAGUUAUAUCCCGGAACUUCUAUUGGCUGUGCCUCUCUGGUGGAGAUUACACGCUCUUGGAGCCGUACAAGAAGAAGCAGAUACCUCUCAAGAUCACUUCUAAGGCAGUCAUCACCAAGGGUUCGAACUACGAGCUUGAGAUUAAUGUCCAGAACAUGUCCCGCAAGUCCAGUUUCAGAACUUACCCUGACGGUAAUUUUCUUGAAGAUGAAAUAAAACACAGACCUGGUUUGCUUCAAAGGUUCGUCAGUAGACAUGUUUCCACUAAAGCCAACCAUGGAGUGAAUGUUGUGGAAGUGAGUGGAUCAGAUUCAGGAGUUGCUUUCUUCCUUCGUUUCUCUGUCAUUGACUCUUUGAAACAAGAACAGAGCACAGAAGGACAAGACACAAGAAUUCUGCCUGUCCAUUACUCGGACAACUAUUUCUCACUUGUUCCAGGUGAAUCAUUGUCUUUUAGUAUCUCAUUUGGAGCUCCUCCAGGUGCAAAGCCUCAGGUUAUUCUUCACGGUUGGAAUUAUCCUGACGGAUUUACUGUUUUUGAUUCAAACAAGUAACACAAUGUUUGUAAACUGUAACUAUUGUGUUAUUGUGUGCAAACUUGAUGUAGAGGCCUUGAUGCAAUAAAGAAGGUUUCUUGUUUGAACCUUGAAA